AAGUAAAAAAGUGGUGCGGAGAACGGGAACGGGUCCCGGUUCUUUGGGACUCUCACUUUUGGCAGGAAAUUGAUUCAUCGCAUUUAAUUGACUUGCAUAUUAUGGGGAAAUAGCGAGGAAAAAGCAAUAUACCAAUGAUGCCAUGCAUGGAUUCAUCGUAGGGCUAUGGGGUAACAGUCCGUUUACGACAGGUCUCCUCUCAGUGGUUCACGUCAAGGAAAGGAAAAGCAAGCCGCAUCACAAGGGAUGAAAAAAAGUUCGUCCUUAGAUGCGGCCCCUUUCUUUUUAGGGGGAGCUAGACCUUUAGCGAUGCCUUGAUCCGGACAGAGUUGAGAUUUGGGGAUCUUGGGAUGAUGGAGGUAGACAAACUUCGGGGCUUGGUUGUUACGAGUCUAGACUUUGGCUGGAGUAAACCACUCGGGUAUGGUUUCCCCUUGCAUACGCAUACUCCACGUGGCAGUUGUUUAUACAGUAUAUCUGCAGUGUUUAUCGCCUGUAUCUUGAGCUGGGCUGAGCUCGUGAUGGGGGCCCUGUAUAUAUUGGUAGCAGGUAUAAUAAGCAAGGAUGGCUGCUUACUGGCAUGCUUACCAUGCUACGUAAAUUGCCAUUCAUGCGUGAAGAAGGUGGUAUUGACGUGGCUGGAGGUGGCAUUCAGGUUUCCAAUUGAUACCGUCCAGUCAAUUCUCUCAUUCGGUUAUCUCACGAUCCAUAUCUUACAGUGGUAGUAAUCGUCCAGUGGAGAGAAGGUCAGGGGUCCGAGACAUCAGCGCACUCAAGAAGCAGGGAGAUUUUUUCGCAUCGUGACUCAAAUGCAAGGGAAGAGCCAAGAAACGCAUACAUAAACGAGGCUUUCCUUUCUUUUUUUUUUUGAAUCAUUUCCUCUUCCUUCUCUUCUUUCGCGAUUAAAGCGAUUGUCAAAAAUCUCCCUCGAAUCCAUGUCCCUGUUCCGCGUUUGGCGCCAGGAACGCUCUCUGUAUUCCCGUGGUUUGCUCUGCUCUAGCGCCAGAGUCUGUUGCCAUGGGCUCACAGAGGGGGAUUGUUCAGUGGCUCGCAAACUAAACCCCCCAUAUUGAGCAGAUCUUUCCUGUAAAGCACCCUUGCGUUUAAAAUGUUUCAGGCGAAAAAAAAAGAGUCACGACCCAACAGUACUGAUGACCAAGAGGAAUAUCCAUUUUCUGCAGGUUCUCAUUUUGCACCCAUGGAAUCUCACAGGGUUCCUUUUCUUAAUCCCGACUCGAACUUGUGAUCGUGAUGACCCCCUUGUGCUUCACGCUACUGUAACCGCGCU